ACAACGAGGACUAAGAAGCGUAGGGCCUGGAUCUUCUAUGGUUUAUGGGACAUCACCGAAUUAGUUGUCUCCAUUCAUCAGAAUACAAUGAGAUCCCCAAUGCAUGUAUUGUGAGAGGGGCAGAUCGAAGUUGGUUCAGUGGAUGUAGCUCUAAUGCAAGUACUCUAUGAGUGAAGUUAGUGCUUUUCAUACCAGACGCUUUUUCGGAUAACGGGAAUAACAUUCGUAUCUUCUAAGAGUGGCUUCUAAGGACAUGGGGAUUGGCUGAUGAGAUUUACCAAUUAUAUCUUAGUAAAGCCAAAGGCAUCCGUCUCGAUGAACAUCGACUCACAUCUACUUCAUCACAUCGACGAUCAGCGACGAUAAGGAGGUCGAUGACGACGUUGACUAGGAGGACCCCUGAAACCAGACGAUGCAUACCUUACCAUGUCGACCCCGCUCAGUGCUACCAUUGCGCGUCUAAAGCCCCCGCGGGACAAACAGGCUUUGGUCCUGAUGGUGUCCUGCAGCUGCGGGAAUCCCGUCGGGAAUGGUCUACUUCUGGUUAUCAUCUUCAUACCUAUCUUUGCGAAUGCAGCUUUCGUAGGAGCUGAGUCAACAUCUACCCCUCGACCGUCCACCCUUCCCCAAGACGAGUUAGGCGACUUGUCACGUACCCACACCCCAGAGGGUCUACCCAAAGUCGCCUCCACGGCUUUUUUCCUCAUCCUUCUCUUCGUCUUCAGCCUCGGUAUUAGCUACUUCUUUCGCUACUAUGUCUUCAGCCGCGAUCGCAAGGAGUGCUGCUGCGAGAAGCAGUCCCAAGUUACAGUAUCACCCGAAGCCAUGGGCCUCAAGGAGAACACCAGCAGACAGAACACACCCGAAAAUGGAAACGUCGCCAAGACCGGUCGUCUCUACGCUAACAUCUUUGCGAGGUCGUACGAUUCGGAUGAAGAGGAGAUACGUCAGUUGGAGCUUGAGGCCAAGAAAGCAGAGGAGUCGAGCGAUAUUGAGUUCCGGAUCGGAAAGAAACCAGCGGUGGCGACUAAAACCGCUAUCCUCAAGGCAUUAGCGACUGCCAAUCAUUUGCCGAAGCUUACAGUACAAGCAAUGACCUUAGCGGAUAAAGCAAAUAAUGGGAAAGCUGUUAAAACUGUGGCCGCUAUUUGGAAGGAUAAAGCUUUGAAUAAACCAGAUGAAAAUAAAAAUAAUAUUCCAGAUAUGACUGUCGUUGAUAUUGGCGACAGUUCAAACAGGACAACACAUCUUGACAAUGACAAUAACUUUGGUCUCACGAGUGUGGUCGUACAUAGAAAUCCCAGUCCUCUCCCCAAUUCAACCAGUCUGGCAAUCAACGACGAUGAGACAAACGGAAACCUCUCCCCCGAAAGGCAGGAGAAUGAUUCCAUUUCUGAAACUCCUAGAACAGACACCACCUCGAUCGGCUUUCUCUCGGUCAGACCAAAAUCAAGUCAUGGUGAUGACGACGGAUAUUCUGCAGAUUUCGAGUCGGUCAGCUUAUAUUCGGAACUAUCAAAUAUCACUGAACUUCAAGAUAGUAUGGACAGCAGAAGUGUUAGGCCAAACACUGCCAGAAGGAAACAUCCCACGCAUCAAAACGUUGUAUCACCUAGUACAAAAGACAACACUGUUAAUGAACAAAUUUUAAGCAAGGAAACAAGUGGUGAUCAUUCUGGAAACCACUUAGUAAACGAAACAAGCAAUACAGGCAAUAGACAAACUGGUCUUCAAGAAUCGUGCCAGGGUGUUGUAUCGAAAGAUUCCGAUAUGAGACCAGGGUCUCGACCGCAGACUGGAAAGUGGGCGAACAAGGUAACCCACAACAACCCUUCAGCACCCAAGGAUGGACUUAUGAACAAACGCGUCGAAGAUAACAAUCAAUCAGACGCGAAUCCCACUCUUACCACCAAAGCUGGAGAUCAACCACAAGCAGCGGGAGUGUCCAAUCCUCUAGAAGAAAAUGUGGCAAAGGCCUCUAGUGAGGAUGAUAAACCAGGAACCCCAGAAAGCGGAACGCCACUUCUUCAUACCGAUGAGGGCGAUGCAGACCUGAAGCAACAGGCCUCUGAGGAACCCCUGGACCUUGGCGAUGCGUCUCAAUCGCGAGGAGGAAACCAAACCCCAAACAUUUAUUCAAAGUAUGCCAAUAACGCCAAACUCCCAAAUAAACACAUAAAAGGAGAUGCGAAAGAUGGCGAUAGGCCUUCUACAAGUGUGAAACCCAAAACGCCAGUGAAGGCUACGGGGGAGGCAGGACAGAAAAAACAGGGUAGUAGUCCGAGCAAAGAUGCAACAAACAAAAGUGGAAAGAGUUCGGCAGUGUCUAAGCCCGCAGAUGGCACACCGAGAAGCAAGGCAGGUGCGAGAAAACCAAGUGCUCAGAAAAAGAGAAAUGCCAAACGAUGACGACGGAAGUACGUAAGGAGUUUCGCUUUUAAAACAGAUUGAUAAUUAUGAUGGAUGAUAUUUAAUAAUAAUAGUUCGUUCUUAUAUAGCGCUUUUCAGGACCGCAGGCCUUCUCAAAGCGCUUUACGGAUAAGGGGUAAUCAUAUAUUAUUAUAUUUAUUAAUUGAUCUUUUAAAGAUUCCGACAUAUUUUUACUCCUUAAAAGUGAAGCUAAAAAAAAAAAAAAUUACAGCACAUUUCUGGGAGAAUUUAUGGCCCUUGAUCUGCAUUAAAGUAAAGUGGAAUGUCGUCCUUUACAAAAAUUCUCUGAAGCCUCCACCUCAAGAGUUUGACAUAUUAUUGAAACUUUUGAAGGCUUACGGGAAUAAUUUUUAAUUAUCGUGUAUGAUUGAAUGUAAUAUUGUAAUGACAAUCUUUUAGUAAUUCAUCAAAGUGGAAUAUGACUAAUGAUAAAGUGUAUAUGGCCAUGUGAAUUUUUUUUUAUAAUUUUAGGAAUACAAGUGCGACUCUGUAACAUCGUUUGGAUUAUAAACUGUAUCUUAACUAUCUUCUGUCAAAACUUUAUAGAGUGGUUCCUCAAAUUCUAGUGUAGCUCCUUGAUAUGAUCUUCAUUUCAUCUUUUAUUUGUGUAACUACUGCACCAUACCAUACAUAAACUAAUUUGCAGCCUCUUGUUCUUCAAAUCCCUCCGCUUGGUAAAGAUCUGUGCUUGAGUACAGGUUUUCGGGAAACAGUAGCACUGUCAGAGAUAGUCUUUAAAUGAGAGACACAAGAAGAAUGAAAGACAGAAAUAGAAGUAUCAAGAAAUCUUGUGAUAUAAGUCUAUAUCACUAUGUCACUGAUCUUAUUAGUGACUAUGUAGAUCAAGUGGAUAUAAUCAUUAGAAUUACUUGGGAGCCUUACAGAUACUUCACACAGCUACAUAAAACCUCCUUUAAUUUAGAAUGCAUAAACUAUUUUUCGAUCAGUUAUAAUUAUUUUUGUAAUAAAGUUGUUGAGAAAAAAAAUGAACUUAACUGUGCACAUCGAGAGAGAGAGAGAGAGAGUGAGAGAGAAAAUGUUGUGUCUCUUAUCAUGAUAAUGUAAAUAGAUCAAUAUCAUGCAUGCAUUAUAAUACAUAAAAGGAAUUAUAUGUUAUUUAAAGCAAAUUUUAAUCUUAAAAAAAACAAACUAAUGCACAGCUUUACCUUUUAAUUCUAAAAUUCUAAAAUGCUUUUUUGUCAUAUGUAAGUCAUUCUAUUAAAUGAAGCUAUCAAAUAAAUGAACUGACUAAAUUAAA